UGCGCCGCCGCAUCACAUGACCCGGCAAGAUGGACGUGCAGGCUGUAGGGUUGUCGCUGCUGCUCCUCCACUUCACCUCCGCUUUGCAGACACAACCAUGGACAGCCCAGAACAACACGCAGCUGCCCGUGGUCAUAUGGCACGGCAUGGGUGACAGCUGCUGCAAUCCUCUCAGCAUGGGAUUCAUCAAGAAACUGGUGGAAGAAAAAGUUCCCGGAACUUAUGUUUUGUCUUUGGAAAUUGGGAACGGUAUUACAGAGGACGUGGAAAACAGUUUCUUCAUGAAUGUAAAUGACCAGGUAGAGCUGGUGUGCAAUAUAUUAUCCAAGGACAAGAUGCUGCAGAACGGAUAUAACGCAAUGGGCUUCUCUCAAGGAGGUCAGUUUCUAAGGGCUGUGGCACAGAGAUGCCCCUCUCCUGCCAUGAAAAAUCUCAUCUCAUUUGGAGGCCAACAUCAAGGUGUCUAUGGUUUACCUCGCUGUCCUGGAGAAAGUUCCCAUAUCUGCAAUUGGAUAAGAAAAAUGCUGAACUGGGGUGCAUAUUCAAGUCCAAUUCAAGAGCACUUGGUGCAGGCUGAAUACUGGCAUGAUCCCUUGAAUGAAGAGCUCUACAGGAGCAAAAGUGUUUUCUUGGCAGACAUCAAUCAAGAAAAGGGCAUCAAUGGAAGUUACAAGGAGAAUCUGAUGAAGCUGAAUAAGUUUGUGAUGGUGAAAUUUUUGAAAGAUUCCAUGGUUGUUCCAGUUGAUUCAGAGUGGUUUGGUUUCUAUAACGCUGGCCAGGCCAAGGUCACAUACACCUUACAGGAGAGUGAUCUUUAUCUUGAGGAUCGAUUAGGAUUGAAAGUGAUGGACAAUGCAAAGAAACUGGAAUUUCUAACAGUGGAUGGGGAUCAUCUUCAGUUCUCAGAAGAAUGGUUCAUUACCAACAUAAUUCCUUAUCUGAAGUGAUUCUUUUACAAAGCUAUUAAUUUUCUGCUAAUUGAAUUGUAAAGCACUGGGCUACUAUCUGUGUUUAAAUUACAACGCUUUGCUUAUAACAAAACCUACUGCAGUUUUCGGAAGCAGAGCAAGCACUUUGGCUCCCUCAAGAAUGAGGGCUUGUGAUUGUCAAUUCUGCUUGGCAGGCAUGAAUUUUCAGUCUGUUCAUUUUAGAAGCUGAAAAUCUCAGUGAUGAGUGCAGACAAAGUGAGUCUGGAAAUUCAUCUGCAUUUUCCUUUCACAUCUAAAGAAAAUCUAUGCCUAUCUAACGGCAAGCUCUUCUUGAUCAUCUAAUGUUUAUAUAUAUAUAAUGGUGUGACAGUGCCCUGACUGCAGUCUGUCCGUCUUUUCUUUCUUUUUGUCCCGUUAGUUGUAUGUUUUUGGUUUUAUUUUUCAGAUGUGUAUAUGUGGGAGAGUGGGGGAAACUUUUUAAUCUCUUCCCUGUACGGGGACCCAACCGUUUCCCUGUCGGGUCUCCGUUGGGCCUAAAAUCAUGGAGCCGGCGGCCUCCUACCGGAACCGACCUGAGGGCUCCAGUCGUGGAGCUGGCCGACUUCGGAGGUGGAGAGCUGUGGUGGCGCGUGGCUGCGACCCGACUUCGGAGGCUGCAGGCCUGGUGGACGGUAACAUCGGGAGCUUGCAGGUCCCUGGUGGGAGACCACCUUUCGGAGCUCCCGCAACUUCACUCGCCCGAAUUGCGGGGUCAAAACGACCCGGAGCGGGGCCCUAACAUCGGGAGAAGAAUACAGAACAGGGAAGAGACUAGAGAGACAAGACUUUUGCUUUCCAUCACAGAGGUGUUUGAAGACUCACUGCGAUGGAUGUUUAUGUUAAUUGUGUGUCUUGUUUUUUUUAAAUGUUAUGACUGCAGGAACAAAAUUUCGUACAAACCAUGUCUGUAUGACAAUAGAUGGUAUUCUAAUUCUUCUAAAACACAUGCAAUGAAUAAGAACAAAUGUUCAAACAGCUGCCAAAUGUUUUUAAACAUACCAAGAAAUGAGACUCUUCAAUGUUGUAAUUCAUCACUGAAUUACUACGUUUUAGGUUAGCAUUUCAAAGCUAGUCUUGUGCCAUGGGGUGUAGAUUAGUGUACUAUAAUCAAAGCAAAACUUGGCAGUCAGAAUUUCUGUACCUAGUUAUCCCUCAGCUACUGCCUCACCUGUUUAAUUUUAUAAACUAUUGAAGCAAAAUGUGUCUAAAGCUAAACAUAAAUGUGAAAUAAGUAGAUGUGAUUUAGAAUGCUUUUUCAUAAUUGAGGUCUUCAAGAAUAUGAAAGUUUUUCAUACUUCGCACUGAACAACAAAAGCAUUUACUUCACUCAAGUACAAUGGUGAGCUGCGUUAUUGAAUCACUUACUACGUGUUCCAUUGUCAUUGCAGAGGAUGGAUAAAUUAUGUACAUGAUCUAUGCUAACCUGGAAGUGAAUGAAGAUUAAUUAUAUUGGUAUAAACAGUGCAAAGAUUAAAAGCUGAUUUAAUGAAUUAA